AUGGCGGGAGCACAACCAACGCUACAGGACGUCAUGAGUGAAUUAGGAGUUAUAAGUGGGCAGCUUACUUCAGUCGAAAAUAAAUUACAAUGCCUUGACAAGAUGGACCAACGAAUGGCAGUGUUGGAAAAGGACAUGCAAACCCUGUGGUUGGCCCUUGAAGACCGCGGCAAAACGGUUGAUGAGCGUGUGUCAAAACUAGAACACUCAGCUGAGGGGGCGGACAUAGCUGCGGUUCAUAUCUCAAGUAGGAUUGACGACCGCGAACGGGAGCGGGACAGCCUUCGGGAGGAUCUUACUUAUAUGAAAUCGCAAAGUAUGCGAAACAAUCUAAUUUUUACUGGUGUGCCGGAAGUUGAGAGUGAGUCACCUGAUACCACAGAAUCAAUUCUUAGAAAACAUCUUACAGAUGCGCUUAAAAUCGAACGGGAAACGGUGGCCUCUAUCAAGUUCGAGAAGGUCCAUAGAUCGCCGGGGGAACAAACGCGGGGUAGAGCUCGCUCUUUAAUUGCAAAGUUUGCAUUUUUCAAAGACAAGAAGUCGGUGCGUCGCGAGUGGAAACAGUUAACUGGUACCAACUGCAAUGUGUUUGAACAAUUUCCACCGGAAGUGGUUGCCAAACGUCGGAAGCUGCUUCCAAAGAUGAAAGAGGCCAGAUCCAAUGGGAAGCGAUCGUGGAUUUCAUACGACACCCUUUACGUCGACGGGCGACCAGUGCGUGAUUAG